AUGUUGCGAUCACUUUGUAAAUUUCGUCUCAAUUUUGUUAAUGAUGUACGAAAACUUUAUAAUAUUGUACGACAGCAAAAUUAUGAAACUCAAGAAGAAAAAGAUUUAGUAAUUGUUUUACAAAAACUUGUGGGUGAUUUCAUGCUUUCACUGUAUGACACUCAAUCAGAUAAUGAAUUAUUGUCAUUGGAAACUGAAGGAGAUGCUGAACAUAUUUAUCGUGAUCUCUUUCUUUGGUGUAUAUUAACUUAUCGACGUGAUAUGGCUAAAAUCUUUUUGAGUCAAUUGAAAACUCGUAUUUGUUCGGCAUUGAUUGCUUCUAAGAUUCUCAAAUCAUUAGCAGCUUAUGCACCGGAUCAAGUUGCAAAAGAUACAUUGUUUGCUAAAGCGAAUGAUUUUGAAACUUAUGCUAUCGAAUUCGUACGAUGUGCUUAUAUUAAUGGUAGACAUAAAACAUGUGAAUUGAUUAUGCGAUGCACGAAUCUCUAUGGAGGUGUUACAUGUCUUCAAAUGGCCAUUGCUGCAGAUAACAAAAGAUUUUUACAUGAAGAUGCUUGUCAAGCUCUGUUAACGAAUAUAUGGUAUGAUAGAAUUGAUCAUGUUCAAGAACGAAAACGUCUUGUUGUUAAUAUACUUACAUUUGGAAUUUCUCAAUUUUUCAUAUCGAUUUAUUUGAAUCGAAUAUCGAAUUUAUUUCUGGUUCUACUAGCAUAUCUUCUAUUCUAUAUUGGACUUGCACUUCGUUUUACACAAAAAGAUACCCAAAGUUUUCUAUCUGCACGAAUAGUGAUGGCUUUAGAUUUAGAACUAUCGUUUAUUCGUUCAGUUUUAUUCAUCGGUAUUGCUUCAGAUGUUGGUCCUAAAAUUGUGAUGAUUCGAAAAAUGGUAGGACCAAUGAUCUCAUUUUAUUCAUGUUCGUCAUCGUUAUAUUUAUUUUCGGCUAUGGAGUUUCAUCGAAAUAUUUUUCGUGCUAUAGCCUAUCCUGUUUAUUGUUUUGUUCAUGGUAGCAUCGAUAAUGAACGUACACAGUUGGAUGCUACACCGGAUUCUGGUGGGAACAUAGUCACACAAAUCAUAUUUGCUUUUCAUAUGCUUUUUGUCAAUAUAUUAUUGAUGAACUUAUUGAUUGCUUUGUUCAGUUUUACAAUAAAUGAUAUUCAAACACAAGCACGUUAUGUUUGGGCCUACGAUUGUUGUGACAUUAUUCGUACUUAUUACGCCCGAUCAGCGUUGUUUCCUCGAUUCACAUUUCUCAUUUCAAUUAUGCAAUGUUUUCAAUGGUGUUGGAGAAAAUUACACAGAAAUCGUAAUGGAAAGCAAAUGCAUUAUGAAGAACAAUCUCAAUGUUUCAAAAUGAUUCCAAUUAAUGAUGAUGUUGAUUAUGCAUGGUUGGAAUUUGAACGAUAUUCAACUAAUGGUUACGUUCGACAAUUGCUCGAUGAUCAAGCUACUGUACUUUUCAAGGGAACGACGGCAGAUGUUACGUCUGAAUCUUCAUCAAACAAUGCUGAUGAAUUAAAGCGUAUCAAGACUCUUGUGACUGAUGUUCAAACACGAUUUGUUCAAAUGGAAACUCGUUGUGAUCGAUGGAUCACGAAUAUGAAAGAAAUAACAACAUCAAUGAAUUGGAUGAUGAUGGCAAUGGCAAAUGCAAAAAUGGGUGAAUCAGAGCCUCCACUCAUUAGAGACACAUCAAGAAUCAGUUCAAUCAGUCAAAAGCGACAUGAGCAAUUGAAUAAAGAAUAUACAACAGCAGGACAACCAUUGUUACAGCAGGAGCGAUCAGUAACACCGGAAGUUCGUAUUAACAUGGCUCUUCGAGUAAACAAUAAUAAUGAUGUUUAG